UAACUGCUUAAGUUGUAUUAUUACAAUGAAAAUCAUUACACUAAACCAAGCAUGUUGGGUCCAUUUAGUAGUUAUAUAAGCCGCUAAGGAGUGCGAACACUGCAUUAACAAGUUAUUAUACAUAAUGUUUUCUGAGUUGUACAGCAAAUUUUGGCAUAUUUUGGCCUAUAGUUGUGAUACAGUGUCAUGUACGUAUGUAUAUAUCUUUACUGAAUGAAAUGUGUAGGUCAUUGUAAAACUUGGCAAUCAACACUUGAUUUGUCAUUGCACUGUAUUUUCAAUCCUCUUCCUCACUUUGUUUUGCUCUGUUCGAUUUUUUCUCUGUUGUUUUUGCUUCAGUUCCUGAUAUUGGCAUUGCAUAAUACUCUCUUCAAAGGUGAGACUUACUUCUGCUGAUAUUUCCUAUAGGUUGUUAUCUUCUUUCAAGCUUUUCUUAUGGGGCUUUCUGUUUUUCUUUAUAUGGUUCCAUUCUACUUGAUUAUGCAAAUCUGUACUACAAAUAAUUUAAAAAGCGAUCAACAAAUGUUAUAGCGUUUUUGGGACAAAUGCCGGAAAUGGAUUCUCCCCGUUAAAGGGGGUCAAUGGAAAAGGGUGAAUUUUGAUGUUGGACUUUGUGAAUGGUAUAAAUUUGUCGUUUAGCUGCCGCCAUUAACCCAUAAAGGAAACAAUUGAGGCACUUUGGUAACACACGCUUUUUUAUGGUAGGGCGGAAUUAUUCCAUUUGGCAUAGUCUAGGCAAUUUUUUUUACCCUCUACCUGAAAAGAAUUCAGGUACGUGAAAUUAACUUCUUCAAAUGUUCUUUUUGAGUCAUAGACUGGUGAUUUGAUAUUUUACUCUUUAAUGUAGGUUUCUCUUCAGCUUCAGGAUUUAGAAGUGUUUAUGGAAAGGUAAAAACCGUCAAUUUCAAUAGCAAAGGCCUCUACUUUGCCAACUUUAUCAUUGCUUCAAGCUCUCCUUCAAACCAACUUUGAACAAACCUAAGUUGCGCUUGCGCCAAAAGGAGAUAAACUGGGAACACCAUUAUGAUUGGUAGACGUAAUUUACCACAAGAUUUAUUAGUGGAUGUUCUAUUGAGGUUGCCUGUGGAAUCACUUCUGCGUUUCAAAUGUGUGUGCAAACAUUGGUAUGCUCUCAUUACAAGUCAGAGUUUCGUUGAAAUGCAUUUUCGUCACAAGCACAAUCAUGCCCGUCUCCUCAUUUGUAACUUAACAAUAUCGAAUAAAUCAAAGUACAUUGCUUCUUCCAUACUCCCCGCCAAAAUAGUUCAAGGUGUUUACCCUGAACAAAAAACUGUCCACCAGCUUCAGAGGGUCACUGAUUUCACGUCCAUUGCUGGCCCAGUUGAUGGCCUAUUCUUGGUGGAAAAAGAAGCGUUUUUUUAUGAAGACGAUGUUCGCUUGGCUUUGUGUAAUCCUGCCACCAGAGAAUUCUGGCCUCUGCCUCCUGUGCCCUUUGAGCCUCAGCCAUUCAAAGAUCAUGAUAAUCAGUUUGCAUUGGGGUUUGACCUGUUGACUCGAGAUUAUAAGGUUCUAUGGAUUCGAACAUUUUGGGAUGGCUGGGGACUGGGCGUGUCCCCUAAUUGCUUUGUCAGUAUCUAUUCCUUACGCAACAACUCGUGGAAGAACCUGAGACCUGAUUUCCCUUACUGUUGUAACUUACACGAGCCAAUCGGUGCUACAUAUCUCAACGGGGUAUAUUAUUGGCUCUCUGGGCGUCUAGACAAUAUCUUCCGCAUAUGCUCGUUUGACAUGGGCAGUGAACAGUUUGGGGAGAUACAAGGCCCAGAUAUUCCAAAGGCACAGUGGGGAAAGCUUAUGUUGCGUGGUGACUCGCUUGCUAUCUUAGUUGGUGAUCCUGGUAAACCAAUGACAUCCAUAUAUAAUGUGUGGGUAAUGAACCAAGAGGGUAGUUGGACCAAAGUUCUUAGUGUUCAACCUCAAAUAGUUGCUCAUUGGCCUCGCAGCGUCUGGGAGGAUGAUAAGAUGAUUUUCGAAAUCAGAGAAACUUCACAGCUGGUGCUAUAUGACCCUACAACAAGACAAGUUAUAGAUCUUGGAUUUCAGCUGGACCGAAUCAUGGGUCGCUCUUGGGUUUUCAAUUACAAAGAGAGUCUAGUUCAAAUAAAGAGAAUAAAUGACAGCCAGGGCAAGGAUAAUGUCGUCUAGCAAAUUGAACAAUCUUAGUAGUUCGGUUACCUAAAUUUUCACGUUGUUGGUGAGGGUUCGAUACUCCACCUUGCAAUCCUCUCUCCUAUUUCCGCUUCUCCUACCCCCAAUGUUUUUCUUUUUAUUUUCUUCUAAAGAAAAAAACACCUCUUCAAUAUCAUACCAAUAGAUUGGAAGUCUCUGCUGACUAUUAGGGGUGCGAACUAUUCAGUCUAAUAGGUCUGGUAAGGUGGAUGGUUGGUUAUUGUUAUCUAUUUAAACAUCAAUAUGAAUUAGUUUUUGGUUUUACAGUUUGUUUGACCACUAUUUGAUCGUCUAUAUCAUUUAAAGAUAUACAUGACUAUAUCUGUUUUGAAGAUGUACAUGAAUAUGCCCUAUUCUGCAUAUGCUAAUAUAGAGGCAUUUGGCGUCUAAAUGUACUUAACUGCUUAAGUUU